AUGUCUUCCUCUCUCGAGCAGCUCAAGGCCACCGGCACCACCGUCGUUUGUGAUUCUGGUGACUUUGCCACCAUCGGCAAGUACAAGCCCCAGGAUGCCACAACCAACCCUUCCCUGAUCCUGGCUGCUUCGAAGAAGCCCGAGUAUGCUGCCCUCAUCGAUGCGGCCGUUGCUUUCGGCAAGAGCAAGGGCAAGACUGUCGAUGAGCAGGUUGACGCCACCCUCGACCGUCUCCUGGUCGAGUUCGGCCGUGAGAUUCUGAAGAUCAUCCCCGGCAAGGUCUCCACUGAGGUCGACGCCAAGCUGUCCUUCGACACCCAGGGCUCCGUCAACAAGGCCCUUGAGAUUAUUAAGCUUUACGAGGAGAACGGCGUCUCCAAGGACCGCAUCUUGAUCAAGAUCGCCUCUACCUGGGAGGGCAUCAAGGCCGCCCACAUCCUGCAGUCCCAACACGGCAUCAACUGCAACCUGACCCUGAUGUUCUCCCUCGUCCAGGCCAUCGCCGCCGCCGAGGCCGGUGCCUUCCUGAUCUCCCCCUUCGUGGGUCGCAUCCUGGACUGGUACAAGGCCGCCCACAAGCGCGACUACACCGCACAGGAGGACCCCGGCGUCAAGUCCGUGCAGGACAUCUUCAACUACUAUAAGAAGCACGGCUACAAGACCAUCGUCAUGGGCGCCUCCUUCCGCAACACCGGCGAGAUCACCGAGCUGGCUGGCUGCGACUACCUGACCAUCUCGCCCAACCUCUUGGAAGACCUGUACAACUCCACCGAGGCUGUCCCCAAGAAGCUCGACGCCGCCUCCGCCACUAACCUCGACAUCCCCAAGCGCAACUACCUCGACCACGAGACUACGUUCCGCUUCGACUUCAACGAGGAGGCUAUGGCUGUGGAGAAGCUUCGCGAGGGUAUCUCCAAGUUCGCGGCUGAUGCCGAGACCCUCAAGGGUCUGCUCAAGGCCAAGAUCCAGGCUUAG